AUGUACAGCCACUCGCUUGCGCUGAUCAAGUUGUUUGUUUUGUUGUUUGUAACUAGAAUUGCGGUGGCAGACAGUACUUGGUCGACAACGACGAGCACAACUACUUCUUAUAGCCCCAGCAGUACCCUGAGCACCCUCAGCAGUACCACCACAAGCACAACACCCUAUUACAGUGCUUCAUGGACAACUACAGCUUUUCAUAAUCAGACGAAUACUACUACGACGACGACGACGACGAAGAAAGUUUCCUCUACAUCAUCAUAUGAAGUCCUUACUACCAAACUUCCACAACAUAUUUCCGAUAUAAUCUUUCCAACUGCCUUCCCUUUUCAACGACCUGUGUAUCAAUGGAACAUUCCGUCGGGCAGAUGGGGUCUUUCUCAAGCUGAGACCAACGGCAAGGCUUUGUUAGGAACGAUCGAGGAGGGUGGCAAGGGUGGUGCACCUCAGUUCCCGGCAUUCAUCGGUGCUCCUGGUAGUGCGAAGGGUGUCUAUGGCAGCAGUGGGAGUGGCAGUGGGACCAGCUCAAGCGGCGGUAGUGGAAGUGGAACAUCUUCUGGCAGCUCGAGCUCGAGCUCCGGUGUCGCCAAAAGCUAUCCAUGGGGAUCUCGAACUGCAGGCAACACCAACCCGUACUCCAACCCACCCAACACCGGCGUCGUCCGAAGCUAUGACUUCGUCAUUGAGCGCGCGACCAUGGCACCGGAUGGAGUUGAACGGGCCGUCAUCGUGAUCAAUGGACAAUUUCCCGGACCUACCAUCGAGGCCAACUGGGGAGACACAAUUGAGGUGACCGUCACCAACUUGAUCACUGAUUGCGAAGAAGGCACGUCGCUUCACUGGCACGGUCUUCUGCAGCAGGGCACGCCAUGGGAGGACGGUGUGCCGGGUAUCACGCAGUGCCCUAUUGCUCCCGGCCAAUCCUUCACAUACAGCUUCAAGGCUGAUUUGUACGGAACGUCGUGGUACCAUGCGCACUACUCUGCGCAGUAUGCGGCAGGUCUGUUCGGAGCGAUGGUGAUCCACGGUCCCACCAAUGCCGACUACGACGCGGAUUUGGGUCCCGUUUUGCUGACCGACUACUACCAUGACGACUACUUUGACAUCGUCGCGGAAGUCAUGGGCACUGAUUUGACCAAAGUCGCUCCCUACUCAGACAACAACCUGAUCAAUGGCAAGGGGUCUUUCGACUGCUCAUCGCUCAACAGCACCGCCACAUGCACGUCCAACGCAGGUUACUCGAAAUUCCAGUUCACCAAGGGCCAGAAAUAUCGACUACGACUGAUCAACGCUGGUGCUGAGGGCAUGCAACACUUUAGCAUUGACAACCAUCAACUCACCGUCAUUGCAUAUGACUUUGUGCCCAUUCAGCCCGUCACCCAAGAGAUUGUGACGUUGGGUGUUGGUCAGCGUGCCGAUGUCAUUGUCGAGGCUACUGGCGGCCCAUCUGACAUCGUCUGGAUGCGGUCAGUCAUCAGCAACUGCUCGUUGAGCAACCAGCCUUUUGGUUAUGCAAUGGUGUACUACGAGAAUGCCAACACCAACUCCAAGCCCAACUCCACGGCGUGGCCGAUCACAGACGAUACAUGCGCCAACGACGACCUCUCAACGACAACACCAUACUUCCCAAUCACACCACCCGCGACGCCCGCCACCGAGGUCUCGGUUGACAUCAACUUCGGCGUCAACUCGACCGGCCAUUUGGUCUGGACCAUGGACAACUCGACUUUCCGCACAUGCUACAACGACCCGGCCCUCUUCCGCGCCCAAGACAAAGCAGAGGGCAACACAUCAUUCGUGUAUCCUACCGAAUGGAACGUGCAUGAUUUCGGAACGGCGAGCAGCAUUCGCGUCAUCGUCAACAAUUUGACACCCGUUACCCAUCCCAUGCACAUUCACGGUCAUAACAUGUACGUCUUGGCCGAGGGUAUGGGCGAGUGGGAUGGCACGGUGGUCAACCCCUCCAACCCAACGAGACGGGAUACCAUGCUUCUCAGACCCGCGGACAGCACGACAGGCGAACCAGGGUACAUGGUUUUCCAGAUCGACGCGGAUAAUCCGGGCAUGUGGCCUUUCCAUUGCCAUAUCGCGUGGCAUGUCAGUGGGGGGUUGUAUAUGAACAUUUUGGAACAACCUGAUAAAAUCCCGACUAAUCGACCCUCAGCGCUAAACGACAUGUGUACGGCUUGGGCGGCCUUUACUGGUCAAGGAGAGAUUGAUCAGAUUGAUUCGGGUUUGUGA